AUGUCCAUUAAAAAUAAUUUAGCCUUCCCUCUAAUUUUAUUUUUCUCCAUUUAUUUAUUUUUCUUUUUAAAUUGGAAUUUUGUUGAAUCGAAAAAUUUGGAAAGCCGAAAACUUGAUAUUUUAAAAAUGAAAAAAAUUUUAAGCAAAGGAGGAAAGAAAAUCCAUUUGAAUAAAGAGAAGAGAAUUUCGAGAAAAAAUAAUGAAGAGGAGGGAUUUUUUGUCGAUUUUGCUUUGGUUAUUUGUAAUAUAUACAGUGAAUAUCUUGAUAGAAAUAUUUUUGUGGACUUUUGUUAUAGUGAGGAAAAAUAUUUUGAUAAUUAUUGCGAUUUGAAGUCGUUGAGUAAUCCAAUUAAUGCAACAUUUAAUGUAAGUUAAGAAAAUACAGCUAGACAUC